GCUAGCUUUAAGCGGAGUGAGAUGGCGACACUGCUAGAGAGAUCCAGUACGCUAGGCGGCGGAGCACUCGUACGCGUGCGUACGGUCGUGCCGCUUCUCCGAGCUCCAGACUCGACGCGUGGGCGCGGCAGAUGCGAGCCUCCCGCCACGUCCGCCGGCCUCCCCGGCCACGCGCCAGCGCCCGCCGGCCUCGCCCCCUUGUUUAUAUGCCUCCCCGCCACCACGCGUCUCCCUCACCGUGCCAUGCGCGCACUGCUCCUCCUUCAGCAGCUCCCAAGAUCGGCAGCCCGACACCCACUUCUCCUCCCGAAUCUGCGCAGCCCCCGACCACGCGACCUCGCCACAAGAAGGUCGGUCGCUUCCUUCGCCGCCGCGCGGCCUUCCGGUGGUGGUAGAGCGAGGGCGAGUUCGAGGUCGUCGGCUCGCGCCAUGGCGUCCCAGCAGCAGUUCCCGCCGCAGCAGCAGGGGUCCCAGCCCGGUAAGGAGCACGCCAUGGACCCCCGCCCGGAGGCCAUCAUCAAGAGCUACAAGGCAGCGGGCAAGCUCAAGGACAAGGUGGCGCUGGUGACCGGCGGCGACUCCGGCAUCGGGCGCGCCGUGUGCCUGUGCUUCGCGCUGGAGGGCGCGACGGUGGCCUUCACCUACGUCAAGGGCCACGAGGAGAAGGACGCCGAGGAGACCCUCCACGCGCUGCGCGGCAUCAAGUCCCGCACCGGCGCCGCCCGCGACCCGAUGGCGGUGCCCGCCGACCUGGGCUACGAGGAGAACUGCCGCCGCGUGGUGGAGGAGGUCGCCGGCGCCUACGGCGGCCGCAUCGACGUGCUGGUGAACAACGCCGCGGAGCAGUACGAGCGGCCGUCGCUGUCCGACAUCACCGAGGCGAACCUGGACCGCGUGUUCCGCACCAACAUCUACUCCUACUUCCUGGUGACCAAGCACGCGCUGCCGCACAUGCGGGAAGGGAGCAGCGUCAUCAACACGUCGUCGGUGAACGCGUACAAGGGGAACAAGACGCUGACCGACUACACGGCCACCAAGGGCGCCAUCGUGGCCUUCACCCGCGCGCUGGCGCUGCAGCUGGCCGACAAGGGCAUCCGCGUCAACGGCGUCGCGCCGGGGCCCAUCUGGACGCCGCUCAUCCCGGCGUCGUUCGGGAAGGAGAAGGUCGAGCAGUUCGGGUCGGAGGUCCCCAUGAAGCGAGCCGGCCAGCCAGCCGAGGUCGCGCCAAGCUUCGUCUUCCUCGCCAGCGAGCAGGACUCGUCGUACAUGUCGGGCCAGUUCCUCCACGUCAACGGAGGCGUCAUCGUCAAUGGCUAGAGAGGAUGAAGCAGCCGGAACUCGAGGGUCGCCGCCGACGGGAUGUCGUCGCUUGGGCUGGUGUCAGCGUGUCGCCAUGGGAGUGCUUUUAUGGCUGUGUAUGUAUGUCGUGUCCAGGUCGAAAAUGGAAGAAGUGACGCGUUUGUGUGCGCGUGUACCAAGUAGGGUCAGUACGUGCAGAAGCAGCUGUAGCUGUGUCGUUCGGUGCGCAGUGCUUGAGCACAGCACGUGUAAAAAGGGAAGGAAUGUGUCCGAAUAAAAUAUAUGCGUGCAUGGGACCUCCGUGGCAUCUCCAUAA